AUGACUGCCGCCGUCUCGAGAGUCCCCACCACCGACGAAGGGGCCACGUGGGCCAGCUGGUUGCACCAGGCCAAAGGGCGGGUGGCCUCCCUGCUGAAUGCCGACGAGGAGCCCAGCCCAGGGGCCGGGCCAGAGAGAGGCACACGAGCAGCAGCAGCGGCGGCCUCGCCCUCUCUGUGGCUCGACCUCGGUCCCCAAUGGCGGCCACGCGAGCGGCGCCACCACCGUUCCACCACCUCUCCCGGUGCACCGGGGCGACCCGCGACUCACGCCCACGACGAUGACGACGACGACGACGAUCCCGAAGAGGCCCUGCGUCGGGCGUGGCUGGCCACUGCGCUCGCCCAUCGCGAGCACAACGAGGCAAGCGUGUGGCUGUACGCGCUGCCGGAGGAGCUGCAGCUGCUGCUGUUCUCCCACUUUGGCGCGGGCGACCUUGCGGCCGUGAGUCUCGUCAGCACCCUCUUCCACCGCCUGGCCUCCGACAACGCGCUGUGGCGGCUGCAGUUCGAAAGGGCGCAGGGCGGCUGGAAGGUGGCCUGCAAUGUGGGCGCCGAGCCGCUGCCUUCCGGAGCGAGCCAACUGGCGCGCUGGUUCGAAGAAAAGCUGGCGUUCACCCACAGCGCACUCUCGCAGCUCAUCCCUCACCAGCACCACCAGCACCACCAGCAGCACCACCAGCGGUGGCACGACCCUAGUGCCUCGCUCGCCGCGGAGAUGACGUGCGCCGCGCUUGUGGACUGGAAGUCCCAGUACCACAUCCACCACUCGGUCAGUCUCCUCCGUCUCCUCGCGAUGAGCUGCUUUUCCGGCCCUGAGCCCCGCCUCACCCGCGCACCCCCCCGCGAGAGACUUGUGUGGUUGGAUGGAUAG